UCGGCGAAAUAAUGGAUGAAGAGCAAGUGUAGUUCUUUAAAAAAUAUAUAUAUACGUAUUAUUAUUUCAAUUAUAUUUAAGACUUCGCACUGUGCGCAAUUACGCCUAUCAGUCAUUUGCAUGCAAACGUAACUCAGCGGACUCCAAAGGGCUUCAUUACAAGAAGUGGAGCAGCUAUGGCUAUACUAAUUAUUUCCACUUUGAUCAUUUGUGUAAAAAUGAUUCUUUAUGUGUCAUUUACACAUUGCAUGGAUGUUGACUUCUGCAAACCUUCACGAGUGGAUUCCCGUGCGUCUGGAGCUCAUUUACAGAUGAAUGAAAGACGAAUUAUUUUUAGGAUAAAUGCAUUCGAACAGGAAUUUUACCUCCACCUCCAACCGGAUUCUAAUUUUCUCGGACCGGGGACUUUAAAACCAUUCGAGCUCAAUGCAUCAACACCUGCAGACCUCAGGAAAUGCUUUUAUUCCGGUAAUGUCAAUUCACAGCCGGAUUCGUUUGCAGCGCUAAGCUUGUGCAAAGGUCUCAACGGGGGGUUUUAUGAGAACGGCACAGAGUAUUUCAUCAGCCUUGCAAGAGGUGAGGACGGAGCAGACAAAACCGGGGACUCGUCAUCCAAGAGUCACGUCAUCCACCGCCGGAGAAACUCUGCGCCUCUGGUCGACAACUUCACCGGCAGGUGUGGAGUGACACCUGACUCUAACUUCAACGCUUCCCUGGAAAAAUACAAGUAUAUGAGUGAAGCGGAAUUUGGAGGCUCAUCUGAAACUGUGUUGGAAAGCUUGGGAAGGGCCAAAAGAUUUACAUCCAUCCCCAGGUUUGUGGAGGUGUUGGUGGUGGCAGAUCCAUCCAUGGGUUCCUUUCAUGGGGAUGAUUUGAAACAUUACCUCCUGACACUCAUGUCAGUGGCAGCCAAGCUUUACAAGCAUCCCAGCAUCUUAAACUCCAUCAACCUUGUGGUUGUGGGCUUUAUGGUGCUAAAGGAAGAUGACAAGGGUCCAAAGGUUUCAAGUAAUGCUGCCCUUACGUUGCGUAAUUUCUGCUCCUGGCAAAAGAAGUUGAAUAAAAACAGUGACAAGCAUCCUGAGUAUUGGGACACCGCAAUUCUCUUCACCAAACAGGAUCUUUGUGGGGCCACGACUUGUGAUACGCUGGGGAUGGCUGAUGUCGGGACCAUGUGCGACCCCAAGAGGAGUUGCUCUGUCAUUGAAGAUGAUGGCCUGCCAUCAGCAUUCACAACUGCCCACGAACUCGGUCACGUCUUCAACAUGCCCCAUGACAAUGUGAAGGCAUGUGAAAAAGUCUUUGGGAAACUAAAAGACAACCACAUGAUGUCCCCAACUUUAAUUCAGAUUGACAGGAGUCGUCCAUGGUCGGUGUGCAGUGCAGCCAUCGUUACAGAAUUUCUGGAUCGUGGUCAUGGAGACUGCUUGCUGGAUCAGCCCCAGAGGCAGCUGUCUCUCCCAGAUAACCUGCCCGGCUCCAGUUACAAUCUUCAUAGUCAGUGUGAAUUGGCUUUUGGGGACGGCUCCAAGCCUUGCCCCUACAUGCAGCCUUGCUCGAAACUGUGGUGCACGGGGAAAGCUCGUGGACAGCUGGUCUGUCAAACCAGACACUUUCCCUGGGCAGAUGGCACCAGUUGUGGCACUGGCAGAGUGUGUUACCAAGGGGCUUGCACUGAAAAAAACACUAUCAUGCAAGUCAAGGUGGACGGUAGAUGGGGGAGGUGGGGCGUAUUUGGAGAUUGUUCCAGAACUUGUGGUGGAGGUGUCCAGCUGGCCAAGAGAGAGUGUAAUAACCCAGUCCCUGAAAACGGAGGCAAAUAUUGCUACGGCCUUCGAAUCAAGUAUCGCUCCUGUAACCUCAACCCUUGCCUUGAUACAGAUAAGAGUUUCCGUGAGGAGCAGUGCGAGACGUUCAAUGGCAUGAAUAUGAACACCAACAGAUUGGGCUCAUCUGUGGUCUGGGUUCCAAAAUAUUCUGGCAUCUCCCCUAAGGAUAGAUGCAAGCUUAUCUGUCGUGCCAACGGGACUGGUUACUUCUUCGUCCUUGCCCCAAAGGUUGUAGAUGGGACGCCUUGUUCACCAGAUUCCACUGCUAUAUGUGUUCAAGGAAGAUGUAUCAAAGCAGGUUGCGAUGGGAAGCUUGAUUCCCCCCAAAAAUUUGACAAAUGUAAUGUGUGCGGCGGUGACAAUCAGGGCUGCAAGAAGGUCUCCGGAAUGUUCACAAAACCCAUUCAUGGCUAUAAUUUUGUGGUGGCGUUGCCUGUUGGCGCAUCAAACAUCGACAUCCGCCAGCGGGGCUACCGAGGAAUCGUCAGUGACGAAAACUACCUCGCAAUAAAGAACAGGCAUGGAAAGUACCUGCUGAAUGGCAACUAUGUGAUAUCGGCUGCAGAGCGCGACCUUAUGGUGAAGGGCAGUCUGAUGCGCUACAGUGGCACGGCGACAUCUGUGGAAAUUCUUCGGUCCACAAGACCGCUGAAAGAGGCAUUGACGGUGGAGGUGCUCUCAGUAGGGAAGAUGACCCCUCCCAGGGUGCGCUAUUCCUACUACGUUCCAAAAGAAAGUAAGGAGGAAAAGACACAGCGGAAAGAAGAGAAGAACACAUCAGAAAAUAGCAUCUUAUUGAACGGCAACAAAGUAGAGGCCAAAAAGAAGGUGAUGGGCAAGCAACCAGCAAAUCACUGGGUGACUGGAAACUGGGAUGCAUGCACAGUGACUUGUGGUAGUGGACUGCAAAAGCGGCUGGUGCAGUGUCAGAAGAUGGAUGGAAAUCCUGCCUUUGAUUGUGACAGCAGUGAAAGGCCUGUUUCUCUGAAAGCAUGCGGAGAUCCGUGUCCCAAGUGGGAUGUUGGGGCCUGGUCUCACUGUUCUAAGUCCUGUGGCAGGGGCUUCAAACGCCGGUCGGUGCGUUGCAUGACUGACAAUGGUCUUAAUCUGCCCAGAGAGCACUGCUCCGGAAGAAGAAAGCCCCAGGAACUCGACCUCUGUUAUCUGAGACAAUGUUAAGGCUGAUUCAAAAGGCAUUUGAGAAAUGCCACAUUAUUAUGGUAGUAACUUGGUGUGUUGCGUUGGUUGAAAAAAACACAAAUGCAGCAUAACUGCAGUUUACAGCGUGUUGAACCAACUAAACAAAGUCAUUGACGACGAAGGGGAUCUUCCUCAGACCUUCUGUUUACAUGAAAGAAAAGUGUUUUUGCUCUCCUCAACAGUCUAACCAGCUGAUGCAAGUUGGACUUCAUGUAAGUCUACCUCUUCCGGAACAUGUGAAAUAUGCUGCUGCAUCCAAGACUGGUACCUGGCAUUCAAUGGGAGGGUUUCAAGAGCAAAAGAAAAUGAAAGUUCCAGUAAAGCAAUAAAAUUAGAGCAUUAGGAGAGAUUGCUUGAACAAAUGAGUUUACCUGUGAAAUGACUUUCCGCCCCUUGAUUUUAGCGAAGAAGCAGGUGGAAAAAUGUGAAACACAGUAAUGUAUUGGAAAUAUUUUACUGAAGUGUAUAUUUUCGUCUCACCUCUAUUGGCUGCUGAUUAAUUAUAUUAGGCUAGAGUAAUAAUGUUGGUCAACAGCAAUGUCCAUAAUUCAGGCCAACUACAAUUUUUUUUGUGACGUGUUUCUAAUUAUUUUCUGGGGGGGGUUUCUGUCUUAACAUGGUAAUUCCAACUUUUUCAUAUCGGAUCCAAGUUUCUUUUUACUUGUGGAUUUCACACAUAACUGUACAGUAUAUGAUGGGACAGCAGUCUGGACGCUCAGAUUGUGCUCAUCUGAUUUAUACCUCUUCAAAAUACAUGAAAUGUCAGGGUUGUUCUUUAAACUAGACAGCCACGAAAGCAAUGGUGGAUGAAGGAGCAGAGAACAGAUCGUAGCGGGAAAAAAAUCUUUUAGAAACUGAUAUAUCUUGUAGAUUGUUAGACGGGUCAGUUUAAGCAAUAAGUCCUUGAAAUGACCACAAACGCUGAAACCUACAUAGAGGACGUUAUGUCACUUUCUGUGCCACUUUACGGAAACAUUCUGUCUCCAAUAGAAGUCGGAUAAUUUUUUGUAAUGAGAAAAACAACGCCCGAAAAAAAAAUCUUAAAAAAACAAAAAAAUAUGUAUUAGGCAUCUGUAUGAAGUUCUUUUGACUGGCUACAUGUAUUUUCAAGUUUGCAAGAUCACCAUUUACAUCUACUGAACAAAAUGAAAGAACUCAAAAAGACUCUCUUUUCUUAUUGAGUUUAAUAGAUGCAGUUUACCCCUGCAUUGAAUCCCUUAUUUAGGUCCACUGUUUGUAUCAAAUAGAGAUACUGUUUUCCUUGUAUAUAUUCAGUCACAUGAAAAAACUAGCACACCCCAUUAAGUAUUCAGUUCUUUAUUAAGAAAUGUUCACAUAUCAAUGUCUGAUCUUGUUUUUCUUUAUCUGUGGAAAAGAAAGUGAUUUAAUUGCAGGUAAACAACAAAAAUUAACAUUGUUUU